CAUCCCCAUGUACGUACGGCAUGAACACUCGAACGGUGUCAUUGCACAUCCUGGUUUUGUUUCUUCUGCUUCAUUCGACUGAUUCUUCGGACACCCUUGCCCCAAAUGAUACCUUGAAAGAUGGUGAUGUCUUAAUCUCCCAAGGAAGAAAAUUUGCUCUUGGUUUCUUCAGCCCAGGAAAGUCAACCUCGCAUUACCUGGGGAUUUGGUACUAUGGACAACCGGAGCAAACCGUUGUUUGGGUUGCUAACAGAGAGCAUCCCCUGAAUGGUACUUCAGGAGUUCUUGCAUUGGAUCGCUAUGGAAACUUGGCGAUCAAUGCAAACAAUGGAAGCUUCCUCAUUUGGUCAGCCAAUGUUUCGUCCCUGAAUUUAGAUAAUUCUACCACUGCUCAGCUUUUGGAUUCAGGUAAUCUGGUUUUGAAGCAUGAUUUAAGCAAAAUGGUUGUUUGGCAGAGCUUUGAUUAUCCCACGGAUACCUAUCUUCCGUCCAUGAAGCUUGGGUUGGACCGGAGAGCAGGUUUGGACCGAUUCGUGACGUCUUGGAAAUCCGAAGGUGAUCCAGCACCGGGCAGUUGUUCAUACAGGUUUGAACCAACAGGGUACCCACAGUUGUUCCUUUACAAGGGUCGAGCUCCGUAUUGGCGUGGCGGAGCAAUAAUUGAGAAAAAGCAGGGUGCUGUUCCCGAGAUGGCUAAUGAUUUGGUCUAUAAUAUCACAAUUACGAUUAACGCGAUGGAGGUUUCUCUGAUGUAUGGCAUCGCCAAUGCAUCAGUUGUCCCUAGAUAUGUGGCAUACGAGUCAGGGCUCCUUAAACACUUCAUAUGGCACGAUGAAGAGCAGCGGUGGACCGAGUUUUCUUCCCAUCCAAAGGAGCAGUGUGACUACUACGGCAAGUGUGGGCCUAAUGGCAACUGUGGUGCAAACUAUGCAGAUCAGUUCGACUGCACAUGCCUGCCUGGCUUUGAGCCCAAGUCUCCGGGCGAUUAAGGGACGGAUCAGGUGGGUGCAAGAGGAGGCAAAACACGUCACUGUGUAGAAGUGGGGAAGGUUUCGUGAAGGUGGAACGGGUGAAGUUGCCUGACACUUCAACAGCCCAUGUCGACAUGAACCUAAGCUUGAACAAGUGUGAGCAGGAAUGCUUGAGUGAUUGCAAUUGCACAGCUUAUUCGAGUGCAAAUGAAACUAUGGGGGAAUUCGGAUGCCUUAAAUGGCAUGGAGAUUUAAUGGAUACAAGAGAAUAUUCAGAUUUGGGUCAAGAUUUAUAUGUGCGGGUGGAUGCAAUUUGACUUAGCUCGCUAUAGGAAAAAGAGUACAUUUGUGAAGAAGGCAAUGGUGGCACUAUCGGUAUCUGCACUACUGUUGCUGCUCUUAGGCUCCCUUAUGUACUGCCGUAUGUUGAAGAGGAAAAGAGCAGAUAGAAGAGGGCGUAAUCCUCUUGCUAGCGGUACCACAAGCUCAGCAUAUUUCAAUGAUCUUCCAGGUCUGAAAGACCUCAACAGUGAAGGUAGACAAAAAAAAGAUCUACCACUCUUUGAUUUUGAAACUGUAGCUGCAGCCACAAACAAUUUUUCCUCAGUCAAUGAGCUUGGCCAAGGCGGUUUUGGAUCUGUAU